UUCGUUUCCAAGAUGGCGGAGUACGAUCUGACCACCAAAAUUGCGCAUUUUUUAGACCGGCAUUUGGUCUUUCCGCUGCUGGAAUUUCUUUCUGUCAAAGAGAUCUACAAUGAGAAAGAACUUCUUCAAGGGAAGCUGGAUCUUCUCAGCGACACAAACAUGGUGGACUUUGCUAUGGAUGUAUACAAGAACCUCUAUGCUGAUAAAGACAUUCCACAUUCCCUAAGAGAGAAAAGAACGACAGUAGUAGCCCAGUUGAAGCAGCUUCAGUCUGAGACUGAGCCCAUUGUGAAGAUGUUUGAAGAUCCAGAGACUCAGAGACAAAUGCAGUCCACCAGGGAUGGAAGGAUGCUGUUUGAAUAUUUGGCAGAAAAACAUGCUUUUCGUCAGGAAUAUUUGGAUACGCUUUACCGUUAUGCCAAAUUCCAAUACGAGUGUGGAAACUACUCGGGUGCAGCUGAGUAUCUGUACUUCUUCCGUGUUCUAGUUCCCUCAACAGACAGAAACGCUUUAAGCUCUCUCUGGGGAAAACUGGCGUCUGAGAUCCUCAUGCAGAACUGGGAGGCGGCAAUGGAGGACCUGACCCGUUUACGAGAGACCAUCGAUAACAACUCGGUGAGUUCUCCUCUUCAGUCUCUGCAGCAGAGGACGUGGCUCAUUCACUGGUCUCUGUUUGUCUUUUUUAACCAUCCCAAAGGCAGAGACAACAUCAUUGAACUAUUCCUGUAUCAGCCCCAGUACCUUAACGCAAUUCAGACCAUGUGCCCCCACAUUCUACGUUACCUAACUACAGCCGUCAUAACCAACAAAGAUGUGAGGAAACGACGACAGGUUCUCAAAGACCUUGUAAAAGUCAUCCAACAGGAGUCGUAUACGUACAAGGAUCCCAUCACAGAGUUUGUGGAGUGCCUCUACGUUAACUUUGAUUUCGACAGCGCUCAGAAAAAGCUGAGGGAAUGCGAGUCGGUGCUGGUGAACGACUUUUUCCUGGUAGCCUGCUUAGAGGAUUUCAUCGAAAACGCGCGCCUGUUCAUAUUCGAGACGUUCUGUCGGAUCCAUCAGUGCAUCAGCAUCAGCAUGUUGGCAGAUAAGCUGAAUAUGACCCCCGAGGAGGCUGAGAGAUGGAUUGUCAAUCUUAUCCGCAAUGCCAGGCUGGAUGCCAAAAUCGACUCCAAACUGGGUCACGUGGUGAUGGGCAACAACGCUGUGUCGCCGUAUCAGCAAGUGAUUGAGAAGACCAAGAGUUUGUCCUUCCGCAGUCAAAUGUUGGCCAUGAACAUUGAGAAGAAGAUCAGCCACAGUAGCAGAAAUGAGACUCCAAACUGGGCGGGUCAAGAGACUGGCUUCUAUUAGACCAGCAGCAAAAAAAAAAUUAACAUUGGAUCAACUGUUGUGUUCAUCGGUCACAACUUAUUAUUUAACUAACUUUUACAUAGGUUUGUAUUUAUAUAGGAUCAUUUUUAAAAGACAUUUUCACCGGGUCAUGAAGGGCUGUGGAUAUGGAAAAUCCUAGCCGUAUGUUUUAUGUAUUUUUAUGAAGGAGGAGUACCUGGGAGUUUUAAAUCAUUGUGAAUAUUCCAGUUGUAUGUGGUCUCAAGAAUAUUUCUGUUUGCAUACAUCAAAAUAAACACACAUUGUGUUUGGAUGAUUGUUUCAUCUUCAGCAACUUAAAUUUAUCAGCCUGUUAUUUCCCAGGAAUGAGCUCACAAUUCUUGGCACUGACUGCAAGAGAGGCAUGCGCUUGAUCAGAUAGAGAUUGAAUGAACUCAAGGUAAAUCUACCAUACUUUGGAAAAUUAUUCAGUAAUUUACUAAAUCUAUUCCAGACAUUGAAAGUCAGGAAUUUUUUUAAAAAAUUGUCCCAAACCAUGGAAUAUCUGGGAUUUUGUUUGUUGCUUUAAAGGGGACAUAUCAUGAAAAUCCUACUUUUUCCAUGUUUAAUUGCCAUAAUUGGGUCCCCAGUGCUUCUAUCAACCUAGAAAAUGUGAACAUGAUCAACCCAGUAGCUUAGUUUUGGUAAACCAUUCUCUGCAAGCAUGUGAAAAAAUGGGCAAUUGAAAUUUGGCUCCCCUUGUGAUGUCAGAAGGGGAUAAUACCACCCCUUAAUCUGCACUAUCCAACCACUGCACUGCCAUUUAGUGCAGAGAUCAGCUCACUUGCAUUUUAAAGGACACACCCAAAAACGGCACAUUUUUGUGCACACCUACAAAGUGACAAUUUUAACAUGCUAUAACAAAAUAUCUAUAUGGUAUUAUGGAGUUAAAACUUUUCAUACAUACUCUGGGGACACCAAAGAUUUAUUUUACAUCUUUAAAAGUCUUGUGAAAUGUCCCCUUUAAAUUUUAGAUUGCAUUUAUCAAAAUGUAAUCUGCUUGUUAAGUUGUUACGUAAGGAAUGCCAUUUUCGGGUCCAAGCCUCCACUGAUUUCAAGUGAGACUACAAUCUAAACAGCCAUUUAUGGACAUUGUUUAUUAACUUCAUGCAUUUAAGCAAACAUUUAUAAACUCCGUGUACACUACAUUAUCAGGCUCAUGGGAUCUCAGACAUAGGUCAUGAAAGUUUUGCUUUUGAGUCAGAAAAGUCAUGAUAUUUGGCUUGGAGUGUGAACCCUGUCCAAUGUCAUAUUAUUACUAAUGUAAGUUAUAAUUAAUCACCAAAAUUGUAUUAUUCACUUGUUCUGUAUGCUGAAUUGUGCCGCAAAAAACAAAUAUUUGUUUGAUACAUUAAAUAUUUCUUGACUUUG